AUGAAAAGGGCAACACGAGGUUUCAGUGAAGAGAUUGGGAGAGGUGGUCAUGGAGUUGUUUACAAAGGCAUAUUACCCGAUCAUCGAGUUGCAGCAAUUAAGUGGUUCAACAAAGCUAACAAAGGAGAAGAUGAAUUUCUAACAGAGGUAAGCACCAUUGGAAGGCUAAACCACAUGAAUUUGGUAGAGAUGUGGGGAUAUUGCGCGGAGCGAAAGCACAGGCUUUUGGUUUACGAGUACAUGGAACACGGAUCAUUGGAAAAAAAUUUGUAUUCCAAUAAACUUGACUAUGACAAGAGGUUCAACAUCGCGGCUAGCAUUGCAAAAGGCCUAGCUUAUCUGCACGAAGAGUGUUUGGAAUGGGUUCCGCAUUGUGAUGUGAAGCCUCAGAACAUACUCUUGGACACAAAUUACCAACCAAAGAAAGACACUGUGGUUCAGCAUCUGUAUAUGGGACGAUCACCUCCUGUGUUCACAGAAAUGAGGGUUCUUCAUCAAACCACUGAUGAUGACCACUUGGUUUUGGAGUUGGGAAUGAAUUUUCGGACUGCAGAUGAUAUGAGUGCAAUACUUGCUGUGAAAUUAAGUAAGAGAUUGGGUUUUGGAAUGCGGGCAAAGUUGCAUUUGAUGGGCAUGCUUGUUGAAGGGAAGAUGGCAGCAUUUAACAUUCAGGAGGCACUUAUCUGGAAAGAGAAAAUUGAACUUGUCAUUGAUCAG